AUGAAUGUGCGGCCAGUUAUAGAGGCGUCGAAUCCGACGGCCGUUUUAUCUGUCACGUUUAAUAACGAUAGCAGCUGCUUUGCUGUUGGUCUUGAGUCUGGCAUUUGCAAUUUCAACGGUGGAAUUGGUCUGGUUCAGAUGAUGGGUAUGACCAACUAUUUGGCUCUCGUCGGUGGUGGCAGGUCUCCCAAAUUUGCCAUGAACAAGGUCGUUGUAUGGGACGAUAUGAAAGGGCGAGUGGCACUCGAAAUAUCAGCUCCCGGCUCCGUCCGCGGAGUUCAACUGGGCCACGAACGAAUUGUGAUCGUUCUACAAAACAGCAUUCGUGUCUACUCCUUCUCCAAACCUCCCACCCUAUUGCAUAUCUACGAAACAGCAGACAACAUGCUCGGGCUCUGUUCUCUCUCCGGCAAGACCGCUGCUUUCCCAGGCCGAACUCCUGGACAGGUUCAACUAGUUGAGCUGGCCACGGGCAACGUCAGCAUCAUCCCGGCUCACUCAUCAGCCCUCAAGGCCAUCCAGCUAAGUCCCGACGGAGAGUUAUUGGCCUCUGCGAGUGAAACUGGAACUCUUAUCCGCGUUUACUCAACUGCAAAUUGCGCCAAGGUAGCAGAGCUUCGAAGAGGGAUUGACCCCGCAACUAUAUUCUCCCUAGCUUUCUCGCCGUCCGGAGCCAUGCUUGCCUGCACAUCAGACAAGUCGACGCUGCACAUAUUUGACGUCUUCAGUACAAAGCGGCAGUCGAUGCAGAGAAGCCAACGUCUCGGCUCAUCAGACGUCGAGUCCGGAAAAUGGGGCAUUCUAGGCAAGCUGCCGCUCAUGCCCCGUGUAUUCUCAGACGUGUACUCAUUCGCUUCUGCGCCGUUUGAAGCCGGCGACGAAACAAUGAUCGGGGGCAUCCCUUUUUCCAAAGGAACAGUCUUGGGAAUCAUGAGGCCCGCAAAGGGCAUCAUUGGCUGGAUUAGCGAAGAUAGUCUUGCGGUUGUGGGUGCCGGAAAGGAUGCUCGAUGGGAGAAGUUCAUCCUUGCAGAUGGCGAGAAUGGGAAACGAUUUUGCGUGAGAGAGGGCUGGAAACGAUAUUUGGGGAAUACGUAA